AUGUCGGUAACGAAUAGCGCCACUAGGGUCGUUGCUACAGCGAAAGAUUUUGACAAAGUUGGACUAGGGAUCAUCGGAUACUACCUUCAAUUAUAUGCUGUAGAAUUGAUACUGAGUGAAGACGAGCGCUCCCAAGAUAUGACCGCUCUAGCCGUCGAACUGCUUGAUACUAUUGAAGGGUUUAAGAAGGAAGUUGGAGGUGAAAGCCAGGCAGAAAACAGUGACAAAGGCGUACAGGUAAUGAAUACGCUAAUACAUGAUCAGGAAAAGUCCAAGAUUUAUAUGCUGAACUUCACAAUGUCAUUGUAUAACGAAAAACUAAAACAGCUGAAAGACGGGCCCUGGGACGUUAUGUUAAAAAGGUCGCUUUGGUGUUGUAUUGAUCUAUUUUCGUGCAUUUUACAUCUUUGGAAGGAAAAUAUAAGUGAAACAAGUGUAAGCUCGUUGGAAAAACGAAUAAAGUACUGCAAAUUGUACUUGAGUAAAUUAGCUAAGGGUGAAAUUGGAUCUACGGAUAAGGAAAAGCUAGACUAUUCUGAUUUCAUAGAUGACAACGAGGAGGCAAGGGACGAAGAAGUUGGCGACCUGAUAAAUGAUUUGAAAACCAGUGAUGAUUUUAAAGGGGACGACUUGACUACCGAAGGUCAAGGGAAAUCGGAUGAGCCUGUGGAUGAAGUACCUGAAUUUAUCGACGAUUCUGAUAACUCAAGUGAGGAAGAACGAAGCCCCGACAAGUGUGAGGGAGCAAUAAAACAAGAUCAAGAACCAGAGAACAAGGGAGAGCUGUCGCCUAUACACUCUUCUACACCGCCGGCGCCACCAGCACCAGCGCACAAGUCGUAUACAAAAGAUGAGUUGACCAAAAUCAUGGAUAGAUCCAGUAAGAUUGAGCAAAUCCAAAAAUACGCCAAAUAUGCCAUAAGCGCACUGAAUUACGAAGAUCUGCCCACGGCUAAAGAUGAAUUAACCAAGGCACUGGGUUUGCUCGAUUCGAUUUAA